CUUCGUCGCUGGCAUGAUCUCCCCUAAGUUCAUUACAAUUUUUUGUGUCGGGGCGUUAAUUGCGUGUGUCAGGGCUGAUAGCGCAGGGGUAGUGGAGAUGCCCGACGGUUUAGCAUAUGGUGGAAUUCCCUAUGGCAGUGUAUCCGGGAUGCUGGCAAAAUAUCAGAAACCCGUGGCGGCUAGAAAUUAUUACCAAGAGUUGAAUCAAUAUCCUUACCCACAGAGACCGCAACCUCAGGCAUCAUUGCCCAUCAUCGUAACGCCUAAUUUCCGCGCCGCGGGACUUGCUGCGAGAAGCACUGGACCCGUGCAAAUUUACAAGUUGCCGGGUGUUAUCGCACCCGGCGUCGUUGGUACAUUCGUACAGAUUGGCUAUUAAUUAUGUGAUUUCUAUUAACUGUAUUUGAGACUAGUUUCAGGAGCAAUCAGUGCCGCUCUCAUACCCUUUAUUAUCUCUGGGCAAACGACGCGAAUCAUUGAGUUCAAGUUGAAUUGCGCUGAGAAAAAACUUCAGGAAAAAUGGUGACCGGAUUUUUUUCCCCCGGAAAAAUUUCCUCGUCUUCAAUAUUCCCCCGGAAUUAUUUUCCUGGAAUAUUUUCCCCUGAAAAUCGCCGGCAAAAAUGAAAAAUAAACAUAUUAUCAUUUUUAAUUUUGUUGUUAAUGUUG